CUUCUGUAUUGUUUCCUUUAGCGAUGGGAUGAUGAAAAAGAGAGAGCCAGAGUUCUUGCAGAAAAGCACAGAAGGGGCACAGCAGCAAGGCGUCUUAGAGCGAUGAAGAUUGCACAAUCUGCAAAUCGAGGUAGCAAGCGCAGGAGACAAUCCUACCGUGCAGGAUCUCCAAAGAGGAGGAGAAGCCAAGAAUUUGUACCUUCAACUGAAACCAAAAGGCGCAAAUGCAUUGAUUCCCAUGGAAAGGCUCCACUACAUAAACAGGAAAAAACAGAGAGAGUUCGUAAGGCAAAACUACAUACACAAGCAAAAACAAAAACAGUUCCUAAGGCAAUGAUUCCUAAAUUAUCCUUGAGAAACCUGCAAGAUAAAGUUCCCAUGUUUCAUGCUUACACCCAAAAUGGAGAUCCCCAGACACAGUUAUGGUCACAAAUGCAAUACAGACCUAGAAAUUCUCAGUUUAUGGGUCAUGAAAGUGGAGGGCCAUGCCAUGUUUCCAAUUACAAGGCAGGCCCUGCUCCAGAUGCAUUGAGAUUGGCACCUUUCAGGCCUUAUACAAAUCCAAUGGUGGCACCUGCUUUGAGGCAUCAAGAAUACAAUCAGAGGACCAAUGGCUUUCCUACAUAUGCAGAUUCUGUGUAUCAACUUGGUGCGAGGAACGUAAACCAUUUUGUGGACCAAGGGAGUACUUAUAUCCAAAACAUUAUGGGAGCUGAGAUCUAUAGAGGACAAAGGAGUUGUUUCUUGCAUUGUUCUAUGCCAGGUUGUGGAGACCUGGGAGCUAAUGGCUGUGUUGUUUCUUCAUGUUGGAAAUGCUGCAGGAGGACAGGGAGGAAAUGCUUGAGACACCAAUGAAAUCCCCCCAUUAUAGUUCUGAUUUCGUCUGCCCUUUUUUUUCACACUCCUGGUUUGGAGGAGAGGGUUGGUGGGGUCGGGGUCGGGGUCGGGGUCGGGGAUGGGGAUGGGGAUGGGUUCACAUAAUAUAUGGGAGGAAAUGUGGAAUUUAAUGAACUACUUGAUUCAAGAUGUAAGAUAAUGUGCAUCUUUUGAAUGUGCACUUUCUUUGCACACACCCAUUUUGGGUCAGGAGGUAGUCCUUUUCAUUACUAGAAUUCAAGAGCUUACAGAUUUCUAUUAA